GGGAAAAAAGCCAUCCAGUUCACAACAAAACAUCCAUCGAUUAUCGCGUUUCUCCUGUCGUAGUUUUUUCUAACUUUCAUCAAUUUUGCAAAAUUUACGUAGAAAAUUUACCGAUUUCGACGUUAUCUAUUGGUAACCCUCCUGUGGCGCGUGUUCUGUCUGCUCCAGCUAGCAAAAGCAUUGUAUUUUUCACAUUCCUUAUCUACGAUCCUAGAUCUACUGAAUUGGAUUCCCCACGGAUCAACAUGAACAUGGCAGAGACUUGCCGUCUCUGCCUGGGCCAAAACCCGAACAGUGCCCCAAUGACGGUGGAGGAUGUUGAUUUUCGCAAGAAGGUCGACCGGAUUUUCUUCUUUCGGGUGGCUCGAAAUCAGGACGUUCCGACAAUGGUUUGCGAGGCUUGCAAGACAACGGUGUCGGGAUUCUACGAUUACGCCGAACAGGUUCAGAAGAAUCAGGAAUUUCUGAGGACGGCCCUUGUUCCGACGACUUCUUCCAAUUCGCUGGAGGUCGUGGCCUCGUAUGAAACCGUGGACAUUGAAGACGCCGGCGGAUCGGUCAAAAUGGAGUACAUGGUUAAGAAAGAACCGGACGACGCGGAAUGGAUGGGACUGAAUACUUAUUGCGAGGCCACCAUUGGGGCUGAUCGUUCCGAUGGGGAAGUUCAGGUGGAUUCGAAAGCAUUCAAUCAGAAGCAGGAUCCGGAGUGGACUCCAUUACAGAUGUAUCAAGAAGAGGAUGAUGAUGAUGAAGAUGACGACGAUGAUGUGUCCUACGAUUCCGAUUCCGACACGAAGCCGUACUUAGAAGAAGGCGAAUAUGUGGAAGAUGUGAAACCGAAGCGGAAGAGCAAACCGAAACAUGGUUCUGCGAAAAAAGCAAGAACGGAUCGGAAAUCAGAUGAACCCACGAUAGACGAACUGGUGCUGCAGCAUUACAAGCUUUCUUGCGAUCUGUGCUCGGAACCUCUGGAGGAUUUCACAGAACUUCGGAAGCAUUACAAAUACGUCCAUGACGAGCAGGGUUAUUUGAAAUGCUGCAACAAGAAAAUUUUCAAGAAAUGCUGGAUGGUCGAGCACAUACAACUUCAUCUGAAUCCGGAUGCAUUCCACUGCGACAUCUGCAACAAAAGCUACAGCUCCAGCAAAGUGCUCAAAGAACAUACCAAAGAGGUUCACUCGCCGAACGAAAGUCGUCCUUUCAAGUGCGAUGUCUGUCUGAAGCCAUUCGUAUCGAAUGCUCAUCUAAACGCUCACAUAAUGGUGGCCCACGGGUCCGUCCAGUGUCCGCAGUGUCCCAAAGUCUUAGCUUCACAAGGUUCCUUAAAGAAGCACCUGGUGGCGAUGCACGGCGAUGGAGAGCAGCACGUUUGCGAUGUGUGUGCCCGGGUGUUCCGCUCGAAGCAGUGCUUCGAUACACACGUCAAGGGUCACCUGGGGACGCGCACCGAGAACCGUGUCCAGUGCAGUAUGUGCUCGGUUUGGCUCACGGAUAAGUACUGCCUGACGAAGCACAUCCGCCGGAUGCACAUCCAACCGGAGGUGGCCCUGUCGUGUGAGCUGUGCGGCAAACAGGUGCGCAACCAGGACGCGCUCAAUUGCCACAUGCGCCGGGCGCACACCGAGAGCCGAUUUGCGUGCGAAAUUUGCCACAAGAAGUUCAAACGACCGCACCACAUGAGGGAGCACGUCGCAAUCCAUCAUACCGGAGAAGCCCUGUACGGCUGCAAUCACUGCCCGGAACGGUUCAACACCAAGAACAAACAGUACAUGCACCGGAAGACUGCCCAUCCGGCCGAGUGGGAGGAGGAAAUGCGGAAGCGGGUCAUGAAAGACGCGUAAAAGGAGGUUUUCUGGUGAUCAAUAACCAAAAGUUUACUUUUAAAACGUAUUGUAUUAAAAAGGGGGAUAAAUAAUGGAUCUACGAAAUAAAUUGAUCUACGAAUUGUGUAAUAAAAUUUAUGCAAACAUAACAAUA